CGACUGCCGCUCUCAAUCGAAUGCACCGUGUCCGAUCUACGCAUCCCUAUUUGCGCCCUUCGCUCUCAACAUAUCGCCAUGCUGUGCAUUUGACUCGCCCAGCUCUUGCAUCUCUAUCCGCUCUCGCAACUCACCGCGGCCGUCUUGCCCCAACGGUCUUAUCAGCCCCGUCUCAUUCAUUUAAGCGUUUUGCCACUUCGACAACCCCGCAUUCUACGGCAAUUGAUCCGGCAGAGACAGAAGCACACAUCUGUCUUGAGAAAGGGACUCAGAAACUCGAGGAAGGCGACAUCGAGGGAGCCAAAGCUCUUUAUCAGCGCUCUGUCAACAUCAAGCGGGAUGCCGGGUCUCUAUUCAACCUAGGAGUCACUCAUUAUCACCUCAAGGAGUUUGACGACGCGAUUAGUGCAUGGAAAGAGUCAAUCGAGCUUCAGCCAGCAAGUCCGGAUGCUCACACGAACCUAGCAAGUGCCUACAUUAUUUCUCCAGUCUCGCGGCCGGAUCUCGCCUUGCAUCAUUUGAGAAUUGCAUCUUCACUUGCGCCGGAGGAUCCUGAGAUUGCUUUCAAUCUUGCUGCAGUGUUGGAAGCCUGUGGAAGAUUGGACGAAGCUCUCACACAGUACAAACGUAGUAAGGCCAAUGGCGUUGACCGGGCUGAAAUACAUAUCCGAAAUGUGAGCGCGAAAAUACUCGGCCAAAGAAUGAAGGACGCCGAAGAUAGCAAAUAGUCCGAAAUGACCGCAAGCAGUCUGUUGUGUUGUGUCACACUGCCUGGGCAAAGUGGCACACUUUUACUGAUCUUUCAUUUUUGAUGAUGAGUUUUACUUAUUGACCGGCCCUGUGGUGCCCCGUCCAUUAAUACUUAUACUUUGACCCCACUGGAUUAAUGUUGUGCAGAGAUAAAAGAGCAUGCACAUACUGCUUUGACCUUUCCUCAUUCAUAUAACGACUGCUAUGUCCAUAACUUGAAUUAAACAUAUCUUCCUUUGCCAGAAUCUAUGAUUAUCUUUAUUCUAUCAAUAUAGGGUUCUCCGUCGUACCUUCACCAGUGUGUUUCGAUGGCACCGUGCGAUCAGGCGCGUGUUGCGAGGUUGAAUGUGACGCGUGCUCGGCGGCCCUAUUAGACAAACCGUUGUCUUGAAACAUGUUUUCUACCCAACUGCGAGGAUUUCGCUUUUCAGUUUGGGCAGAGACGGGUUCACGUUGCCGAAUAUUGUAUGCACUUGAAGGUCCCGAAUUAUUCGCACGGGAUUUUGUAUCCGAGAGACCACCUCUUCCGAUGUAUCGCCCGAAUCCGCUGGAUCUGUUUCGGAAUGGAAAUGCACGUCCUCGUCUAGGACCAGGCUCACGCCAGUUGCCCCUCAUUCCUACGCCAUGAGGCUGAGCAGCGUCAAAAUAUUCGCGGAUCCCUCGUUGUGGUGCAGAACGUCUGGGUGGCGGUGAUGACAUUGCGACUUGCACGAGGAGGGUCUCAAGCUCGUCCUUAGAAUAAAUUGGUGAAGGAUGGUCAUCGGGUUUGAUAGUGAAUAUUCGAUCGAAAUCCUCGUCUGCCGAAGGAGGGACAAACAUAUUUUUGAAACAAUAGAGCACCUCGAUACCUUGUUCUGGAGAAUGAAUCGUCGGGUGAUUAAUACCUGUGUGAAAUGCAAACAGUCAAUCCAAAUGGAAUGCCCAUCGAAGUCAAAAACACGCGUCUUCAGCGUGGUGAACACACGGUGCCGCAGUCUCUCUCUGCAGAUCUACCAGAAGAGAGAGAAUGAACGAGUCAGAUCAAAUCUGCAGUGAAAACAAAGAACAGCUUUGGCUACAUGGGUAGGGGUAUCAAAUACGAUGCACCAUAUUCUCGUAUGAGGAAAUUGCCUAGCAAUAUUAAUCCAGUGCGACCUUUGUGUUUCAUCAAAGUUUGUCCUGUCAAUACAUACAGACAGGCUUUGUGCAAGGUAUGCUCGCAUGAGCCGCUCUACGGCCUUCCUGUCUCCAAGGUCAUCUUGAUUACAUCUGCGGAACUCAGGGAUAUUAUCCUGUAGCGCCUGUGCAAAAGUCGACUUUCCCGAUGCUAUGAGACCGACUAAGACUAAAACGAUUUGUGUACCAUCUUCAUUCCAGGGUCGAGUCUCAUUAGAGUGGCUCGAUUCAAACGAUGCCAUACUUUUUGGCCCGUGUUGCUUCCGUAUUUCUCCUGUGACCAAACCGAUGUCGCAAACGUGAAACAACGUGGAGGCAAAUGUUGAGUUUACAACAACGAUGAAACUUGGUCCAAAAUAGAUGGUAUGAUCGACCAGUUGCCAAGUUCUUUUUGCUACCGAUAUACUUUGAAUGGCGAUGAAUAGCGCCGAAGUAGCGAUUACUGCUGGGUAAUGAGCUGAAAACCAAGUGACGAU